AUGAAGAAUACGGAACUUAAACAGAAAGACAAUUUGGGUAAGCAGAGUAGAAGAAAGCCUGCAAAGUCUUGCCACUUUUGUAGAGUAAGAAAGCUGAAGUGCGAUAGGGCAAGACCGUUAUGUGGAAGUUGUUAUUCUAGAAAUCGAAAGCAAUGUGACUAUAAAGAAAAUACUUCCGCCAAGGAGGACCAACUCAGGGCAAAAUACAGGAGGUGUUCAAAAUUGGAGAUGGCUCGUCGUAUUGAAGAACUUGAAUCUCAGCUAACAAAACAAUCUGAGCCCGACAUUCAUGAAGGACAAAAUCCUCUUUACAACAUGAGAUACCUAUCUUCAAAGCACAAUAGGCACAUUCUUUAUGGACCAACGUCGUAUCGAGCAAUAUUAGCAACUCAAACAGACACUUUUGCCAAAUAUAGAGAGGAGAUAUGGAAAGUUUUAAAACUCAGUCGUAACAACUGGAAAAAAGAACAUCAUUACUCGACACUUUCAGAGAUAAGUUCCAUUGAGACUGCCCCACCUCAAGCAGGUUCACCCAGUGUUAUUGAACACUUAUGCGAAUCACUUCCAACUUAUGAAGUUUUGCGUCAACAUUUAGCUGAUUUUUUUGCUAGCGAUUUUUACGACAGUUACCAAAUUGUUCGUAAAGAAAAAGUACUAAAGGACCUGAACGAUUGCUUUGUUAAAGGCCCAAGAAAUCAAAAAACUGGCCAGCAUACAGUAAUUGCCCUUAAUCUAGACAGUAAAAAAAACUAUUACAAAGUGGGCGUAAUGACAGCCAUUAUGUGCUUAGCAUCCCAUCCAAAAGAAGUGCCAGAGGCUAUUGAAGUCUUUCAUAAAGUUUUAACGUCUUUUGUUUCGGCCAAAGUCUUUUAUAUUGAGCGUGUGGAAUUUUUAUUUUUACGUUACCUGUACGUAAAUGUGGCGGGUCUCGACGGAGGUGAUCAAUCGCAUUGCAUAUUUAUUCAUGGGCUGACAAUUGACACAGCUAUCCAUAUGGGUCUUAAUGAAGAUCUUCGUCGUUUGUUCAGGGAUGAAAAUCACCCAAUAGAGGAAAUACCUUAUUUGGAGAGGUUGUGGUUAUGGAUAUUAUUCACAGACGUUAAAAUUUCACUUUCUACAGGAAUUCCGGUCAGGAUCAACGAUGAUUUUGUAAACAAGGUACGCCUAGAAAACUAUUCUUCAUCGGGGGACAUCCUUCUCUAUAAAACAACAUUAAAACUAAGGAAUAUUAUGAAACAAAUUCAUGCUCGUGAAACAUCGCCUGACAUCCCACUCAUCAUCGAGGACUUAAAAAAAUUCACCAUGAAAAUGUUUAAGCCAUUGCCUUUUUACUUAAAUACAUCCAAUUUAGUUGGUAAUGAGUUUACAGAACUCCAGUUAUGGCAUACAACCCUUCAUAUGAUAGGAAGUUUAUCCAAUCUUUAUACUUUGACACAUAAAGAUCUCAAUCCCAGAAUAUUCAAUUUCAGUGUCCUUGCUCCACUGAAUUCACUGCAUUUGUGCUUUAAAGUCCUUGAAGGCUAUUUUGAAUUAGAUGAUAAUAAGGUAUCUUCCAACUCAUCUUGCUUCUUAAAAAAAUGGCCCCAUUUGAACAAUGCGUUGUUUCUUGUUUAUGUGGACGCUUUCAGAGCACUAAUUCAAAUUUACACUAUAUUUUUACAGUAUAUGGAAAAUAAAGAUAUCCAAUUUUUCAUACAGAGAAACACAUCCACGCUAACUCAGCCUACAUGUCCUGGUGAUUUUGAGGGUCCAUACAAUAGCUGUAUUUCACUAAAAAUUGCAUUUAAAGAAAUGGAAAACAUAUUUGACCAUGUUCACCAAGAAAAGUUGAAACCCCUAACCCAAAUUUGGCAGAACUCCUAUUACUUUUCUAUUAUCAUAUCAAUGGAAAAAAUAGGGAGAAGUGCUUUUGGCAAAGUGAUGAAACGUAUUGAUGAAGGGCCCAAAACAGAAAAAGACGCAGCUGAAAACAAUUUAACGACUAUAUUAAAUGAUUUAGAGGGGCCUUCAAUAGAUUUCUCCGGAAAUUUCAUCGAUAAUAUAUUAGGAUCUUCGAGUGACUUUUUUGAUACAGCUAUUUCCGGGUGGAGUAAUUUUGAAGACUUCUUUUCCUGA